UGGUGAGGAUAAAAUCAGUGUUGCCAUCUCUCGUGAUUUUAUCAUAAGUCUCAUGAUAUUUGGUGUUUAUCGUAAAAUCUAGCUCCCAGAAUCAUUUUGUUUUGUGGAAAUCUCAGCUUUCAUUUUAAAAAGGAAAUUUCUUGUCCUCAUGGUAAUUGUGGAAAGCAUGGAAAAGUGAAGCCUAAAAUCUCAAACUUCAGAAGAUAAAUGAAAAUAACUCAAUUUUUUGUAAAAAUCAGCAAGCUUAUACUGCAAUUAUUUGGGGUCUGACUCCUGAUUUUUGGAUGCUUGGAAUUGGCAGUACUGUGAGAUGGAAAAAUCAAGGCUAAUCAGCUUAAAAAUCAGCAUGCCUUUGUUAAUGCUUUAAACUUCUGUCACUGCAGACCAGACUUCUAGGAGCAGAUUAAACAAACCAAUCAACCCCCUUGCAGACCAAAAAUGGGGAGCUUUAUUCUGAAAGGAGGUGAGCUAGCUACAUAAGAAGGGACAUGCACUGUAUUAAAUAGCUCCGUUGAGGAAAAGUUACUUCCCACGCUUUACCUACAGAGGGCAUCCCAGCUCAUUCAUAUGUAGACUCAGUGACUGCAGCUGCUGGAAGCAGCAGGGCUUAGGGUUGGUGUUUUUUUUGUUUUUUUUUUGUUUUUUUUUUCCAGUGGAAUCUUUUCCGUGAUCCGGUUGGUUUCUCUCCACGUUUUCCCUUCCAGCCCUCCACUUCUUCGGAUCAAUGGAUGUUACAGCUCUAACUCCCAUCUCACAUACUGCUGGUGGACAGCUCCAGUAACAAGCGAGAGCUUUACAUCCCCCUUUUCUUUCCCCAUCUUUUUCCCCCCACACCAACAUCUGCCAAGAAGGAAGAAAAUCACAAGCUUUCCCUUUUGUAUUCUGAUUUUUUAAAAAUUUUUUUUAUAAAUACAUAUAUAUUUUGUACUUUGCCCAGUUGUGGAAAUGGAGCAACCCCCAAUCUUUUGAUGCACCCUGGUUCGCUUUUUUUUGCAGUAUUUUUCCAUGUAAGGUUUUCCAGCAGUUGGAGCACUGUUCCCCACCUUUCCCCCUUUUCCUUGAGUUUGUUUCCUAACAUAAUCUGGAGGCUUGGCGGCUCUUGGACUGAAUAUAACUUUUUUUCCCUCCGCAUCCCCCAACUCCCCCUUUUGCUGAGCUUUGUCAGAAAGCUUUGGAGAAAGAAAAAAACAGAAGAGGAGGAGGCAGAAGGGGCUGUGUGUAUGAUUGUUGCUGGUGCUCAGGACCCAAAUCUCUGUAGGUGUGUGUUGAAAUAUGGAGAAUAGUCUUGGAUGUGUCUGGGUACCAAAGCUGGCUUUUCUACUCUUCGGAUUUUCUCUGAUCAACCUGAAUCUUCAAGUCACCGGUUCACAAGUUAAGGGUUUUACAUCAUUGCGGUUCCUGACUGAGCCUUCAGAUGCUGUCACCAUGCGUGGAAGUAAUGUGCUGCUGAAUUGCACGGUGGAAUCAGAUCAAGAAAUUCCUGUCAUCAAGUGGAAGAAAGAUGCAGUCUUCUUAAACCUAGCAGUGGAUGAAAGGAGGCAGCAGAUGGCCAAUGGUUCCCUUUUGAUACAAAGCAUAGUCCAUUCCAGGCACCAUAAGCCAGAUGAGGGUCUCUACCAAUGCGAGGCCUCUUUAGAAGGCAUUGGGGCUAUCAUCAGUCGGACAGCUAAAGUCACUGUAGCAGGACCAUUGAGGUUUCUUUCCCAGACAGAAUCUGUCACAGCUUUUGCAGGAGACACAGUUUUGUUAAAGUGUGAAGUAGUUGGAGAGCCUAUGCCGAUGGUACACUGGCAAAAAAACCUGGAGGAUCUGAUCCUGAGCCCGAGUGACACCCGAGUGGCUGUCUUGCCCUCUGGAGCUUUACAGAUUAGCAGAAUCCAAUCAGGAGACAGUGGGAUCUAUAGAUGCCUUGCAAAAAAUCCUGCUAGUUCAAGAACUGGAAAUGAAGCAGAAGUCAGAGUUUUGACCGAUCCGGGUUUGCACAGACAGCAAUUUUUCCUGCAGAGACCAUCAAAUGUGGUAGCCCUUGAGGGAAAAGAUGCCGUUCUUGAGUGUUGUGUUUCUGGGUUUCCCACACCCACCUUCACAUGGAUGCGAGGAGAUGAAAUUAUUCCUGUCAGAUCCAAAAAAUAUUCAUUAUUGGCUGGCAGUAACUUACUUAUUUCUAAUGUGACUGAUGACGAUUCUGGGACAUACACUUGCAUUGUCAGCUACAAGAAUGAGAACAGUAGUGCCUCUGCAGAGCUCACAGUUAUGGUUCCUCCGUGGUUUUUAAAUCACCCUUCAAACCUCUAUGCCUAUGAAAGUAUGGACAUUGAGUUUGAAUGUGCCGUCUCCGGUAAGCCUGUCCCUACCGUGGAUUGGAUCAAGAAUGGAGAAGUGGUCAUUCCUAGUGAUUAUUUUCAGAUAGUGGGUGGCAGCAACUUGCGGAUUCUGGGCCUUGUAAAGUCAGAUGAAGGUUUUUACCAGUGUGUAGCUGAAAAUGAUGCCGGGAAUGCACAGACCAGUGCACAGCUAAUCAUCCCUGAGCCGGCUACCCCAAGUUCCAGUGUCCUCCCCUCUGCUCCCCGAGAUGUGGUCCCUGUUUUGGUCUCCAGUCGAUUUGUCCGUCUCAGCUGGCGCCCACCUGCAGAAACUAAAGGGAAUAUCCUGGCAUACACUGUCUACUUCUCCAGGGAAAGCAUCAACAGGGAACGGGCACAGAACACAACACAGUCUGAGACACUUCAGCUUACAGUGGGAAAUCUGAAACCAGAGGAGACCUACACGUUCCGAGUGGUGGCAUACAAUGAAUGGGGACCAGGAGAGAGCUCGCAAUCCAUCAAGGUUGCCACGCAGCCUGAAUUGCAAGUUCCAGGGCCAGUGGAAAACCUGCGGGCUGUAUCUACCUCACCUACCUCAAUUCUUCUAUCAUGGGAAGCCCCUGCUUAUGCAAAUGGUCCAGUCCAAGGUUACAGAUUGUUCUGCACAGAGACUGCUACUGGAAAAGAACAGAAUAUAGAGGUUGAUGGACUAUCAUACAAACUGGAGGGGCUGAAAAAAUUCACGGAAUACACCUUACGAUUCCUGGCUUAUAACCGCUAUGGCCCUGGGGUAUCCACUGAAGAUCUUACCGUCAUGACGCUUUCUGAUGUACCAAGUGCAAUGCCUCAGAAUGUCUCCUUGGAAGUGGUUAAUUCAAGGAGCAUCAAAGUUAGUUGGCUACCUCCACCAUCAGGCACACAAAAUGGAUUUAUUACUGGCUAUAAAAUCCGACACAGAAAGACUACCCGCAGGGGUGAGAUAGAAACACUGGAACCAAACAACCUCUGGUACUUGUUCACAGGACUUGAUAAAGGAAGCCAGUACAGUUUCCAGGUAGCUGCCAUGACAGUCAAUGGGACAGGACCCUCCUCGGACUGGUAUACAGCAGAAACUCCAGAGAAUGAUCUUGAUGAAUCUCAGGUUCCUGAUCAGCCAAGCUCUCUUCAUGUCAGGCCGUUGUCAACCAGUAUCGUCAUGAGUUGGACUCCACCACUGAAUCCAAACAUUGUUGUACGCGGAUACAUCAUUGGCUAUGGAGUGGGCAGCCCAUAUGCUGAGACAGUGCGAGUAGACAGCAAACAGCGCUACUAUUCCAUUGAAAACUUGGAGCCAAGUUCCCAUUAUGUAAUUUCUUUAAAAGCCUUUAACAACGUGGGUGAAGGAGUCCCUCUCUAUGAAAGUGCCACCACUAGAUCAUUGACAGAUCCCAUUGAUCCAUUAGAAGUUGAUUUUUAUCCUUUGCUUGAUGAUUUCCCUACCUCAGUCCCAGAUAUCUCCACCCCCAUGCUCCCACCAGUAGGUGUCCAGGCUGUUACACUUACCCAUGAUGCAGUGAGAGUCAGCUGGGCAGACAACUCUGUCCCAAAGAAUCAAAAGACUACUGAGGUUCGCUUUUACACUGUCCGUUGGAGAACCAGCUAUUCUACAAGUGCUAAAUACAAGUCAGCAGAUACAACAGCUUUGAGCCAUAGUGUAAUAGGCCUUAAGCCAAACACUAUGUAUGAAUUCUCUGUCAUGGUAACAAAAGGUCGAAGGUCAAGCACGUGGAGCAUGACUGCACAUGCCACAACAUAUGAAGCAGCACCAACCUCUGCUCCCAAGGAUUUGACAGUCAUUACUCGGGAAGGGAAGCCUCGAGCUGUCAUUGUCAGCUGGCAGCCUCCAUUAGAAGCCAAUGGAAAAAUUACUGCUUAUAUUCUGUUCUACACCUUGGACAAGAAUGCUCCAAUUGAUGACUGGGUUAUGGAGUCAAUCAGUGGUGACCGACUUACUCACCAAAUCAUGGAUCUCAACCUAGAUACUGUGUAUUACUUUAGGAUCCAAGCUCGCAAUGCUAAAGGAGUGGGACCGCUCUCUGACCCUAUUCUCUUCCGGACUCUGAAAGUCGAGCACCCUGACAAAAUGGCUAAUGACCAAGGUCGUCAUGGAGAUGGGGCCUAUUGGCCAGUUGACACAAACUUGAUUGACAGAAGCAGCCUCAAUGAACCUCCCAUAGGGCAGAUGCACCCUCCACACGGCAGUGUAACGCCUCAGAAGAACAGCAACCUUCUAGUAAUCAUUGUGGUCACAGUUGGGGUCAUUACGGUGGUGGUGGUGGUGAUCGUGGCUGUGAUCUGCACCAGGCGUUCUUCAGCACAACAGAGGAAAAAGCGUGCUACCCAUAGUGCUGGUAAAAGGAAGGGCAGCCAGAAAGACUUGAGGCCCCCAGACCUCUGGAUACACCAUGAAGAGAUGGAGAUGAAGAAUAUUGAAAAGCCGUCAGGUUCUGACCCCUCAGGAAGAGACUCGCCGAUGCAAAGCUGUCAAGACAUCACACCAGUCAGCCACAGCCAGUCUGAAACUCAGCUGGGCAGCAAGAGUGCCUCACAGUCUGGUCCUGACACAGAGGAUGUGGGAAGUAGCAUGUCCACAUUAGAGCGCUCGCUUGCUGCCCGCAGAGCCACACGUGCCAAGCUCAUGAUUCCAAUGGAUUCACAACCAAACAACCCUCCUGUUGUCAGUGCCAUCCCAGUGCCAACACUAGAAAGUGCCCAGUACCCAGGAAUUCUUCCAUCGCCAACAUGUGGAUAUCCACACCCACAGUUCACCCUCCGGCCUGUGCCAUUCCCAACACUCUCUGUUGACCGAACCUUUGGAACAGGAAGAACGGUGAGUGAAGGACCAGUCCCACAACAGCCAUCCAUGCUGCCACAGACACAGCCUGAACAUGCCAGCAACGAGGACGUCCCGAGCAGAACAAUUCCCACAGCCUGUGUCCGGCCUACGCACCCUCUCCGCAGCUUUGCCAACCCCUUGCUACCUCCACCAAUGAGUGCAAUAGAACCGAAAGUCCCUUAUACACCACUUUUGUCUCAAACAGGGCCUAAUCUUCCCAAGGCUCAGGUUAAAACAGCAUCACUUGGAUUAGCUGGAAAAGCACGAUCCCCUCUGCUUCCAGUCUCGGUGCCAACAGCCCCAGAAGUGUCAGAAGAGGGCCACAAACAGACAGAGGAUCCAGCUAACGUAUAUGAACAGGAUGAUCUGAGUGAACAAAUGGCCAGUUUGGAGGGACUAAUGAAGCAACUUAAUGCUAUUACAGGCUCAGCCUUCUAACAGCUGUUGAUGAAUAGAUAAAUUGUAUUAUCCAGGAACAUUGCAGCAUACAAUUACUUCAUAUAUGCCACACACAUACACAACCCCAUAAAACCACCCUUUCUGCAGUACCAUUCAUUCAACAUAAUGAAGAGUCUUGAUGAGUCCUAAAAAAUAAAUAACAAAAAAUAUGCUACAUUACCGUAGAUCAAGCAUCUAAAGCAAUUAAAGUGCAGCCCUUGCAAAUAAGUCAAACAACUACAGCAGAGACCGAGAUGAUGCCACUUGAUUGCUCAUUUUGAUCUGUUAGCCUUUGUAAUACUUGAGGUGUCAUGACUAUCUCACAUUUUACUUAAUAGAGGUGUAUAGUUCUUGGUGAAAAUCUAGUUUUAUGUCAUUCAAAUGUAUUUUUAAACAUAUAUCAUGCCAUAAUUUGUCAGUGUGGAAGUUCACUCUUUGGGCUUUUUUUGUUUUUUAUAUACUUUUUUUACAUGAAAGCACCUGUAACAAAUAAUCACGACAUAGCACCAAAGGAUUGGAAGUGUUAUCAACAGCGCAAAACAAGACAAAUAACUCCCAUUUCUUUUGUAAUUUCAAUCACUCAUCUUGCACAAGCGGUGUGCAUUAGCGAGUUGCUGUAAAAUCCACCCAUUUUUGCAAGUAUUUGGAAAUCCUCCCAUAGGUAACAUUUUAUAUCUGGCUACAGAGAACGGGAACAUAAAAAAACCUGCAUUGGUGGCACGCUGCCAGCUGCCGAAUGCUUGCAAAAAGAAGAUAUGAUAUGCAAUCUUCUCUGACACACACUAAUGAUGUGCUUAAACUUGGAAUAGAACACUUCUAAAUAUGGGUGGCCUUUGUGCCAGACUGCACUGUGAUGACAUUUGAAAGCUCCUCCAGGGCCACCUUUCACAGCAGCAAAGAGGAAAACGGGGUGAAGUUCCUCCCAUCCUUUCUCUACUGCUCCACCUCUUGUUUGAGACUGCUCGGUUCCAUGAACUCUGUGAUUCAGUCAUCAAUGACUUCUCCUUAACUCAGUGAAGGCUGCAGAAAUUGGAAAGCAACCCUCGGUCAGGCACAGUGAAAGAUAAGAUGUAUCGGUCAACAGUAAUGGGCCCAUCACAGUUUUUAGAGACAAGCAACAAAUCCAAGAAAAUUAACUAAGAAACUGGGUUGCAUAAUUGGGAAACAAAUGACAGGUGCUUGAUUGCAGUAGAAUAUUCCUUGUUCAGUCAUAGUUAAAAAACAACCAACUAAUCACAAUUUAGCAUCAGGACACUGCUGUGAACUUAGAGGAACCCUUUCAGUGUUUUCUUCCCUCUUCUAGUAGUCUAGCUUCAUAUUACAAAAAGAAAAGGAGUGCUUGUGGCACCUUAGAG